CCCCGAGGCUAGCUCCCUUCAGACAACCGGCUCUCCGUCGACCCGGGCCUAUAAAACCCCCCUCUUGAUCCCUUUCUUCUUCCCAUCACACACCCAGGCAAAAACAAACUUCAGCUAACCGGCCACUCGAUCUACUUUUGGGAUCACACGCGCCUAGCUUCUCGUCGAUCGUCUUCAAGCUCAGUUCAGUCCUCUUUCUGCCGGGCUAGGCGCGGGCUGCAUUAUUCAGAGACGUAGUACGACGAUGUCGGGCAGGAGGUCGUCGUCCCGCGGUAACUCCGUGUCGGAGGAGGAGAUCAACGAGCUCAUCUCCAAGCUCCAGUCUUUGCUCCCGGCCAGCGCGCGCCGCCGCGGCAGCAGCCAGGCGUCGACGACGAAGCUGCUCAAGGAGACGUGCAGCUACAUCAAGAGCCUGCACCGGGAAGUGGACGACCUGAGCGACCGGCUCUCCGACCUCAUGGCCACCAUGGACCACAACAGCCCCGGCGCCGAGAUCAUCCGCAGCCUUCUCCGCUAGCUUAAUUCUCUCAUGCAUGCAUGGUCGACCACGCCCGGCCUCCUGAUAGAUCGAUGUGAUGUCCUAAUUAAUUAAGCUAGCUCCUCACCUAUAUAAAUAUAUAUGUAUACAUAUACACAUGAUAUAUCUGUGUCCAUCGAUCGAUCUCUGCAUAUACAUGCCGAUCGAUCGAUACCUAAGGACGACGUACUGCUAAGCUUGGUUUCCAUUUACCUAAUUUGGUAGCAGGGCACCCUGCAUUAGCUAUAGGCCGCCUAAUUAAGUUUUUAGCUGCAGUUAAUUAGCUCGAUCACCUUGAUAAUCAUCCCCUAAGCUCGCGCGCGCGCGCAUGUGGUUUCGAUCUCCCCAGUGAUCUCCAUAUAUAUCUAGCUUGUUCAGUUUCUGUAAACUUACUUAUCUGCGGUUUGGAUCGAGUUGUUUCCCCUACAGACAACCGACCGACCGCUAGCUACCCAUAUCCAGUACGGUGGUAGUACUGCUGCUAAUAUACUACAGUACUCCUUGUAUGUCUGUCCCUCAUGAAUAGAUGUACUGGCCGCUUCAGCUUGAUUAAUCCAAUCUGAGGUGUUAUUUAA